AUGGCUGCUAAAACCUAUUCCAACUGCAGUGUCACUGCCUUUGGCCAGGUGGCACGGACCAAACAAACACAGGGACAACAACUAGAUCGUUCUCCUGCUCUGCAACAAGAGAUUCAGCAAAAGUUCAAGCAGAGGAUGUUUGCAAAACCUGGGGCUCCCCAGCGAGAGGAAAUGUUGACCUUCCAAGUUAAAAAUACCAAGUUGCAUCUGAAUGGUCAAAACCUCAGACUGGCAGCUAAAAAUGGCUGCAUUUCAAAAACACCUGGCCUCCAUCUGUCAGCAACACAUGGAAAGGAGGCUGUGGGUCAGCUUACAGCCUCCUCUCCGACCCAGGAGGGCACGGCACAGUUGGACCUGUUGCUGCUCAAGCCUGACUUGGCGAGGGAGGCCGAGAAUCAACCAGUCAGACGCCCUCUGAAGCUCGCCCCACUGGAGCUGCCAGAGGAUGUGAGGGAGGCUCAGAGGCAAAAACUUAAGUCAAUCCAGCAAGAAGCCAAACCUGCUUCCUGUGAGCUGGAUGUGACAGCGAGUGAGCCCCGUGCAAGGAAGGUGAAAGCCUGUGUGAGACACAGACUGGUAAAAGCUGCAGUGUGCCCUUCUGCUUCCACUGAGCCACUCAAAGCCCAACAGCAAAACAAAUCCUCAAGACCCCGGCUGACACGCUCCAGCCCCAUAGAGCAGAAUGGAGACAGGCAUCUGGAGAAUGUGGUGUGUCGAGGUACCCCAGCUCCUCUGCGCAGCAAGCCUGCCCUUCCUUUACUUUCUCCCCGAGGUAAAGCUCGGGGUGCACGUGGCGUAGAGGUGGCACGCCAAAACCCCAACAUCCUUCAGCAGGAGACUGGGAGGAGGCGGCUGAGGCUGAGCAGAGCACAAUGCCUAGAAGAGGAUCAGUGCUAUUCAAACACAUCAACGGGGGGAUUAUCUGCAGAUAAAGGCAAGCUGGCCCAAGGUGUCCAAGGCAAAGAUCAGCGGGCGGAGAGGACUCCGAGAGGCCAGCUGCAUGCUGGAAAAGUCAUCAAAGAGCCUCCUGCAGCCUCCUGGGAGCAUGGAAGUGUCAGGAAGAGCUGCCCACAGGACUGCAGUCAGCAAUCUGCAGGGUGCACUCUGAACCGACAGUCGGCUGAAGGUGGAAGCAGUGACCAUGCACUUGAGGGUGUUAAGCCGAGUGCUUCUAACUGGAGAUUAAAGAGGAAAAAACCCUUGAUCACAAAGCACAACAAUGCAGUCCCACUGGAACGUCUCCAGCUGUAAUUAAAUUGGAUCUUUCACUUUUGCAGCUCGGGACUUUGCAAAAUGAUGUCAUGCUUGGAGAUGCACUUGUGUCACGAGGAGGCCCACUACAAAUGGGCUUAUAUCCCAGUUUGGAAAAAUUGCACAUUUUAGAAACUUAUUCUCAAGAGUUUUAACAGCUCGGUCUGUAAUAUUGAGAUAUAUAACUGUAUAUAUAUAUAUAUAUAUAUAUAUAUAUAUAUGUAGGGGGACUCAGCCUUAAUGGUACGCACUCUACCAGGUGAGCUACUGGGGUGCCCUGAGACGAAUCAUUUACAUUUGCCCCAUAUAGUGUAUUGUCGUGAAAGCUAGAGUAGCAGAGGUAUCGUUCACUAACAUAUCGCUGGCACAAAGCCAGACCAAUCUCAAGUUCAUUAAUGGACUUUCCCUUGUGCUCUCAAACAUAGAAAAUAAAUAAAUAAAUGAGCAACAUUUCAUAAAAGUGUAUGCCAGGUCUCUCUAAGUUAUGGACUGUCCAAUUUCCGAAAGCUAUUCCCCAGAUCAGAGUAUGCACUGAUUCAAUUAGGUGAAGCAGGCGCGGCACAAAACAAGGCUUCUGGCACAUCACCGGAGAGCUAAAUCGCUAGAGAUAAUCCAAGAUAAUGAAACAGCACAUUCCUCAUAGAAGAAAAGCUGGUAUGAUCAGUAAUUAGGUAAUUUAACAGACAGUUACUGAUUGACCUGCAGUCAAUGAACAUCCUUAUGAGAGAGUUAAAUAUAACUUUUAUCAGUUGAAUCCUGCAUAUAAUAACGAAUACUGUGAUGUAUGUGUAUACAUAUUAAAUCUAGAACCCAACUGUUUAACCUGUGGAUCACAUCUAAAUCUUAGUAAAAGAGGUUAAAAAACCAUUCACUUCUCUUAAGGAAUCUAUAUGUAGUGUUUCUGUUUGUCUGAUUCAAAAUAUAUAUAUAUAUAAUGAAUUAUUAGCAGUGGUUGCUGAAUUUCUUGCUUUGUUGUUGUUUGAUGGCCCUCCUCCCCCACCCACAAUGCUCUGCACUCUGGAAGAUUUGGCUGAUGCUCAAAAUCCUCCUUGAAUGAUGCUUGAUCUGACCUUUGGUCAUUAGCCAGACAGGUAACAGUAGCCAUAUGACUCAGCCUACAAUAGGUCCUUAUCAGGAGGUGAUUUGUUCAUUUUUAACAGGGGCCCGGAAACUCACAGACCAACUGCAUGCAUUGUAAAUCAUCUCACGUGAUGCUACUCAGCCAAUCAAAUCUGUGCAUAAUCAUUGCAAGUCGAGUCAGUGAGUGAAAUACACACACACAGGGAGAGUAGAGACGAGACAGGAGGAGAAAUAAUUUCACAUGGCGUGCUCUAAAAAGACAGCGACAACAGAGCUCGAAUAAAGAAUGGACAGACUCUUACAUGUUCAGUCUUCCCACAGGCAGUUCAAAACCAGUGUGUCUCAUAUGUUCCGAGACCGUGGCGAUUAUCAAAAGCAGCGAUCUGAAGCGACUACGAGACAAAGCACAGAGCAUCUUUUGAGCAGGUUAACAAGGGGGACGGAUUAUGUUCAUUUUGCUAAGAAGGGGGAUGGCAUCCCCCCUCGACCCCCCUCAAAUUGCCCGCUGGUCCUUAUGAUCGCACUGUAUGUGCCAUUAUACACUGCCUGGUUUAUUCAUCAAUUUAUCUCUACCAAAUGAAUGGUAUGUUUGCCCUAAACAAAUGAGACCAUGGCCAAGACUUACACAUGUUUGCAGAACAUGUAUAAGACCACAUUUCUAUAAGUCCUGUUGAUGAACAUGUUGAACGUGAGUUUCCCCUCUGUCUUCCACUCGGAGGCAUCAGACCAGAACACAGGCCGUGCACCUGUGAGGUGCUACAGAGCUAAAGUUGCCAAGAUGUAGCCUCUAUUCCACCAGUCCAGCGCUUACUUACUAAGUGACAUCACUUGGGGUAAUUUAUACAAUUUGUACUACUAUAACAAUAUGCAGUGGUACUCCCCGAGACCUGUAAACAGACUUUGAUGUGAAAGUGCAGUGCAGUUCCCCUUUAAGCAUAGUCAUUUGAUCCAUUGUUAAAAUAAAAACAUUUAUUAGUGCAGCUUUAAAAUGGUCCAACUCACAAGUUGAGGGGUGCAGGUCUGCAGGCAACCUGACACUACUUUGAAUCUGUAAUUAGUUUUUUCAAAACUGGAUGAUGCUGGAAGAACAGCGCCCCCUUGCUAUAAAGCUGUGCAGCAGAUUUCCCACCAAGUUGAGUAGGAGGCAUCAAAGAAAAAUGCGGUAUAGAGAGCGAUAGAGGUUGUGAAGCAAUUUUUCUUUUUCUUUUUUUAGGAUAAUUACACUAACGUGUAAAAAUGAAUGUGGCUGUUACUGUUGUAUGGUGAAAAUGCUACCUUAAAUGUUGAACUUCAGUUCUACCUUUAAGAAAUGCAUCGUCUGUUCUGCUUCAACACUGAUGCACGCAUUAAUUUUUUGAACAUAUUUUGGAAGAAGAUCCUCUUUCUGAUGUGGGAGGUUGAAAGCUGGCUGUCAGUCAGAUGACAGAUGGCUUUCUCCAAAACUACACUCUCGCUCAAACUACAAGCUGGUCACCUCUUUAGCCCUCUCACAUAAGGCGACAGACGGUUCCUCAGACUGACACCAUCACUCAUAACGUGCAUCUGCCCCAAAUCAUCAGCCCACUUCACGCUGAGCCUGGCCUGCGCUCACUUUCCUUGGCUACAAAGGCACUGUAAAUAGGACUGGAUGUAAUGCUAACUUGUUUGUUGUCCAUGACAUUCAAAUAUUGACACUGCGUUUUAGAGAAUUUUGGUGCCUCAACAACUCCACAGCAGAUUUGGAUGUAUUUUCUACUGCAGCAGAAGCAUGCGGUGACAACUGUAGGGGCACUUUAAAGGGGAAAGUUCAACCAAGAGCUGCCAACAUGAGACUUGUGAUGCGGAGGACUUUAGAGGAGAAACACAGAAUGUCAGCCAGGCAGGAUGUCUGACACAGGCAAAGACAGCUGGUGUGUUUCACUGCAGCUUCCUCUCCUGCUAGGGAGCAUGACCUCACAUGAUAAGGACAUCAGUGUACACUGAAAUGUAAAUUACCGUCAUAAACUAAAUGUGUAUAUCAAAUCAGAACACAUGUAGAUUCAGAGGUUGGUAAAAAUGACUGACUUUUCUAUCAAGGAGGGUAGGUUAGAUGUUAAGAAACUGCAGAAUGAAAUAUGUAUCCAUGAGUGGUAUUGUGUUUGUGUUUGCUUGUUGUAAAUAAAUAAUCACAAAGUGGAUAUUAUAAAAUAAAA